AUGGGGCCAGCCCAGGACCACCAGGGUGUGGAACUGGAGACCAUGGUUUUUAAUAAAGCCAGCCUCUCAGUGGGAAGCCUUGGAAUCCGCCCCGGGUACGGCGCGGGGGACGCAGCUGGGGAGGGUCCGGGGCUCCUGGGUGCGGCUCACCCGAGCGCGCCUGCAGGGGGAGCCGGGCCGCGUCGGUGCGCGCCGGAGCAGCAGGCUGCAGGUGUGCGCCGGAGGGCACCGCGCCGCGCACCCGGGCCUGGGUUAGCGUCUCGCCACGGCAUUCGUCCCGCAGGCCACCCAGCGGCUCGGCAGCCGCCGGCGUUCGGGCCGGAAGCGGGGCCGCCGGAGCUGAGCACGCGGAGCAGCGCCGGGCGGGGCCUGCAGCCGCGCCCGCGCCGCGGUCCUGCGUGGGCCGGCGCGCCGAGCGAGGCAGCUGCGGGCGCUCCCGACGUCCGGAACAUUUUUCCGGGUCGCCGUGGGGAGGGGAGAGUCCCACGGAAGCGGCGGCAGACGACCGCAAAGGGCCGUUUCGCCCGGACUUCCAACCCGAUGCUCGCCAGGACGCCCGCCCAGACCACUGACCGAUGCUACUUCCGAGACCCACGGUGCGGCCGGGGCGCGCGCCGCGUCCUGCCUGAGCCUGGGUGCCGGCUUAGCCCGGCUCUUUAUAACCCGGCCCCUGGACCUGGAGCUGCGGCCCCUGUUAUUUAUUGAAGGCCUACACUGUGAAAGGCGCUGGGACAUAACCGUGAGUAAACAGACAGAGAACUUAACAUUCUAGUCAGGCCAGACAAACAAGAAAGGUGAGUAGAAUAUAUGGAAAUCCCAGCAAUUCCACUCCUAAGUAUAUGCCCAACAGAAAAGUGCAUGUGUGCACCAGAAGACACCUGCAUAAUGUUCAGAAUAGCCCCAAACUGGAUACAACAGCAAAUGUUCAUCAACAAUUGAAUGGGAUAAAAAAAUUGUGGUGUAUUCGUACAGAAUACACCACAAUGAAAAAAUGUGGUAUAUUCGUACGGAAUACUCCACCACAGUGAAAAAGAAUGAACUACUACUAUACCCAACAAGGAAGAAUCUCACAAGUAUAAUAUUGAAUGCACAAUGUAUAAUACUGAAUGUAUAACAAGGUAUAUUGAAUAGUGAUAUGAAAGAGUUCAUACUGUAUGAUUCCAUUUAUAUAAAAUAUAAAGACAAGGAAAACAAAUCUACAUUAGAAUCAAGAUAGUGCUUACCCUUGGGGGUGCAGUGGAGAGUGACUAGAACACAAGGAGCUUCUAAGGGGCUAGUCAAGUUCUGCUUUUUGCUCUAGUUGUUGAUUACACAGGUAAUAAACCUUGUGAAAAUUGA